CAUGAGAUUCCGACAAUGGAGGACGACGUCGACUAUUCCGUCCAGGUCCAGGCCAGAGUUCCUGGAUGCCUUGCAGUUGGUUGGCUCUCCUUUCCUUUGUCUGUGCACGUGGAUGAAAACGGUACCGAAUGAUACUCUUGGGUUGUUAAGUGCUAAUUCUCUAAAACAGCACUUUACUUAUUUACACACUACCAUGCCACUAGCUUAG